AUGACAGCAACUACGGGGUCCGAUGACCCUCACACCAAUGCUACUCAGCACAGAACUACCAGAGAAGCCGUGACGAGGCGUACAGGUCGAGAUAUAGUGUCGACGGACUCCACGCGCCUUGACACGCCUGGCCUGGUCUGCGCUCUGGAAGACGACCACGAUGACCCAGCGUCGAGGAGGGCGAAAUGGAAGGGCUACUUUGGCCCAGGCGGAAACUUGAGACCGUUUCGACUGCUCAAGGUGGACUUGCUCAACCUCAGGGGACGCUGGGUGUCGGAUUGGUCAAUCUUCAACCAGCAAAUUCUCGCCAGUUCGAUUUACAUCUUCUUCACAAACUUGCUGCCGGGGAUCACAUUCGCCAGUGAUCUGUACCAGCUGACGGGAGAGUCAUGGGGCACUAUUGAGAUCGUCUUCAGCACGGGUCUUUGUGGAAUUAUAUUCGCAGUCUUCUCAGCACAGCCGCUGACAAUUUUGGGCGUUACUGGCCCCUUUUCCGUUCUGGCUGAGAACGUAUAUGAGCUGUCGCAGAAUCAGUUUCAAGUCUCCUUUCUUUCAGUGAUGGCAUGGUCUCUCAUCCACGCCGGGUGGAUGCACUACCUCCUCGCCAUCUUCAACGCCCACGACUGGACGAUGAAGUAUGUCACCCAUUUCAGCGGUGACAUCUUCUCCCUUCUCAACAGUGUCAUCUACUUCCAUAAAGCUGCCAUGGAACUAAAGCGAACACACGAGAGGACAGAUAUGGCUGCCUUCUUGUACGCCAUCAUUGGUGCUGUGGGCACUUGCCUCGUCGCCAUCCUCCUGUCUACCGCCAACAGAUGGACACCCUUUUUCCAUCGCUACGUGAGACUCGGUCUGACAGAGUACGCGGCUGCCAUUUCCAUCAUCCUCUGGAUCGGCAUACCAUAUAUUGGCGAGCUGAGGGACCUCAACCACGUCAGGCUCGAAGUCUCGACAACCUUUCGACCCUCGAGCUCGAAGCGCGAGACAUUCUUUGUCGAGUUCUGGAAGGUACCCGUUGAAUGGGUCUUCCUGUCCAUCAUACCCGGCGCCAUUGUCACUGUGCUAUUCUACUUUGAUCACGAGAUCAGCAGCAUUAUCUGCACCAUUGACCGUUACGGUACUCGCAAGCCUGGUGGUUUCGCAUGGGAUGUCAUUCUCCUCGGCACGACGACAAUCAUGUGCGGCAUCCUGGGUAUCCCCCCGGCCAAUGGCCUCCUUCCCCAAGCACCACUGCAUUCCGAGAGUCUUCUGCACUAUGUGGAGAAGGAGGAGGAGAGUCCAAGACCGACAACAUCCGACAGCCAAGUCCAGGAGCCGCAGUUCGUCGCGCGCACCUACGAGCAGCGGUAUUCCCCCUUGAUUCAAGCCGUCCUCAUCUUGGUCUUCGUCUCCCCGCCCUUCCAGAAGCUGCUCGGUUUCACGCAGACUUCUGUGCUCGCUGGACUCUUCAUGUUCAUGGGCUACCAAUCCCUGAGCGUCAAUCCUAUUCUGAACCGCAUCGCGAAUCUUCUGACGCCACCAGCGGACUUGCCACAGCUGCCAGACAAGGUGACGUGGGUGGGGAUCCAUGGCUACACGGUGACGCAGGUUGUCGUGACGGGUAUCGUUUUUGGUGUGACGCUGACAGUUGCCGCUCCUGCGUUCCCCUUGAUCAUCAUUGCGCUGGUGCCCCUCCGUCUGACGCUGAUGAGGAAGAUUUGGUCGAGAGACACUUUGCGCUUGGUCGAUGGGUGGGCAUGUCGACAAGGCAAACCGGAGGAUGAGCCGCCUGUCGUUCCUGAAGAGACGUCGCUGCCCCUGGACGAGGAGAAGGCGAAGCAUGUGACGUCUUGA